UUCCUAGUUUCGGCUGCUUAAGUGCCAGACUACCCCCAAACCCCUCACUAAUCAUCUGCCCGCCGUCAAUUGCGCCUCACCUCUUCUUCACCACCAUGGCCGACCCUGCGAACAAACUCAAUUCAGGCACAGCAACAGGAACAGCCGACGCUAGCCGGCUGAGGGAGCGCCCGUCCGCAAUACCGAGCUCUGCAGGCACCCCAGAGAAUGCGAAGCAGCGAGUCCUACUUCUAAAUGAGCAGGAGGAGGAAGGCCAGAAGCAUGGCAAGGAAAGGCGCACCUAUGGCAGGACGCCAGACGGCACUGUCUUCAUUGUCCCGCACACUCAUGACAUGGUCUCGCAGCUCUUGUCCCCAACGCAGCCAAAGAACCUGUCCGAUUUGCUCGUCCUCGCAGUGCUCGCAGGCUUGAUCUUCACUCUCUACAUACUGCCCUCGAAUGCCCGAAUCCCUGUCUUCGCAGUCAUCUUCUUGUUCUGGCGAGCUGCCUACAAUGCUGGCAUUGGCUGGCUGCUCAAUGUCCAGUCCAAUCACAAUCGCCUUGUCCUCUGGGCUAAGAACUCGGGCUUGUUCGAGAAGCCUCAGACGGGCAACAACCCGCAUCCCACCCUCUACAGGCUGCUGAAGCGGGAAAUGGAGACUAAGAUACCAAACGACUACAAGUUCGAGGAAGCCCCCCUCGAGUACAACACUUGGCUCCUCUUCAGGCGUGUUGUAGAUCUGAUACUCAUGUGUGACUUCGUCUCAUACGCCCUCUUCGCCAUUGCCUGCUUCAAUGUCCCAGACGAGAGCUGGAUGCUGACGGCUGCGCGGUGGACCACGGGCAUCAUCCUCUUCUUCUUCAAUCUGUGGGUCAAGCUGGAUGCGCAUAGAGUAGUCAAGGAUUACGCGUGGUACUGGGGUGACUUCUUCUACCUCAUCGAUCAGCAACUUACCUUCGAUGGGGUGUUCGAGAUGGCUCCGCAUCCAAUGUAUUCAGUUGGCUAUGCCGGCUAUUACGGCAUCUCCAUGAUGGCAGCGAGCUACAAAGUCUUGUUCAUCUCCAUCAUUGCCCACGCGGCACAAUUUGCCUUCUUGACAUGGGUUGAGAAUCCCCACAUCGAGAAGACGUACAACCCACCACCACCCCGAAAGCGCCUGAACUCCAACCGUGUGAAUAGCGAAGAACGACCAAAAUCUAGCCAGUCUGAGGCUACGUUUGCCGACGGCGCACCACCCCUCGACCCUAAUGGACAGCCCUCAGAAGUGCACAAUAUCAUCGGUAUCCAGAACAUGGAUUUCCAUCGCGCCAUCGAUGUCACGGUAAUUCUCUUUCAAUUCUACAUGCUCUGCUUCGCAGCUAUGACUCCAAACACUUGGCCAGUCCGCGCCUUCUUCGUUGGCAAUGCUCUCGCCUGGCGUCUAUGGUAUUCGCUAGGCAUGGGCUAUAUCUUGGACCGGCAAUCUCAGAAGAAAAACUGGACCCGUCACUUUAUUAAGUAUGGUGACAGCAAGGAGGAGGCCUGGCGCCAAUGGAAGAAUCUCUACCAUCUGAGCAUGACCAUGUGCCACGCUAGCUUCAUAUGCGCGGCUUGGAAGAUGUAUGCGCUGCCACCUGACUGGUCUUACGGACUGGUCCUUCUGAGGCAUGUCCUGGGUGCUGCUUUGAUAGCCCUGCAGUUGUGGACCGUUAUCAGCAUUUACGAUUCCCUUGGAGAGUUCGGUUGGUUCUUUGGUGACUUCUUCUUCGAUCCAUCGCCAAAGAACUUGACGUACUCGGGCAUAUACCGCUUUCUGAACAAUCCUGAACGUGUGCUCGGCCUGGCAGGUAUUUGGGGUCUUGCACUGAUUACCUGGAGUGCACCUAUAUUCUAUCUGGCAGCAAUCACUCACAUCCUCUCUCUCGCAUUCCUUCAGUUUGUUGAGCGUCCACAUAUGCAGAAGCUCUAUGGCCAAAAUCUCCGCGAGACGUCUGGUCUAAGCAAGACCCUAAGACAAUCACUCCCGAGUCCGAUUCGGGGCUGGCAUUCCGCAGCCGACGGCGUUCUCAACUCGACUGCCGAGUUCAUCGAAGAGGUUCUUGAAUCCGCGCGCCCUAAACUCGCAGCUGGCGUUGGCACAUUCGUGAAAGACACCAAAACCCUCUUCAAGUCCUACCCAGCACGCAUCUCCAUCACGCGACUGGCCCCUGAUCUCGCGGGCUUCGACCCCAAGGACUACCGGGUAGAAAUCACGGGCAAAUUCUCCUCCCCGUUGGCAGAGUACCAAAAGAGCGGUGGCAGAGAAGGAGAAAUGGCUAGAGCUCCCGCUAUCCGAACAAGCGAAUUUAGGACCUUGAUGUUUGAGUAUGGCUCCCCGAUCAAGGUCCGCUGGCGGGCACCGCUUAACCAUGGCAAGAAAGACUGGAUUGGAUUAUAUAUGGUGGCUGACAACGCGUCUCGCGAAAUCACCCGCAUUUCUUCUAACGGCCGUUGGGUGUCAACUAACCGUGGUGUAUACGAUUCUAUACGUGCUGAAGAAGGUAUUCUCGUCUCUGACAAACUCCUUCCAGCAACCAGCGACAACACCGAUGCCGAUGCCGAUGCCGAUGCCGAUUGUCUAACUGGCGAAAUGGAAUUCCGCGGCGACAAACUCUGGUGGACAACAGGUGUCUUCGAAUUCCGCUAUCACCACGACGGAAAACACAACGUCAUGGCCAUUUCCCUGCCAUUCGAAAUCCGUAUCCCUAGAUUCGAUGACGAGGACGUUGAACUCGAUCUCAGUGCCAAUGCAAAUGGGAUUGGCGGGGGGAUUAGUGGGAUCCAAGGGCCAGUUGAACAAGCGCUGUUGCCGGUUGUGCAGAAUUGUUUUGAUAGAGAUCCGGAGAUUGCGCCGGAGACGGUGGAGGAGGCGUUUGGUGGGUUAGUCGAGAGAGAAGGGAAAUUUGCUAAACGGGUCGUGUUUGCGGUGGGGAUGAUGUUUGGCAUCGAACUCGCACCUGAAGUUGUACAGGCAGAUGGCAAUGUUAAGAAUCUAGCUUGGAGGAUCUGCAAUGCGAAGAAAGUCUUGGCUCCGUAUAGCAUGUCUCGCAGUAAAGGCCGGAAUACGCCUACACUUGGCUGAGCUGAGCCAUCCUCAUCUUCCCGUGGGUAGCGAAUGGCUAAAGUGGAUUUGUUUGUAGGGUCACCGAAUGAAGGCUGUUGAUGACGGCCUUGUCAGUUUUUGCUGGCUUGGGUUCUUUUCUUUGUCCCUGCCCAUGCCCUCUGUUCGUUACGUUACACCCGUGGAGACGCCUUAAUGGCACAAUAGACUGUUGGGGAAAGCGUUAGAGGUUAGUCUUCCAUUCAAAAAGUUUUAGAUGGUUUAGGUAGCGAUAGAAGCGGGAAUUACAAUGUGGGUG